AACCGGAAAUGUUGAACGUCACAGCAAUCAUGGCGGAUAAUGGUGAAUUUUUAGGACACGGCUGGUAGCAUUUGACAAACUGGGGCGUAUUUUUGCACUUAUCUUGAAUGACAGCGGUUUGAAUCUAUAGACAGAAGCAAUUCUGGUUGAUUUAAAUCAGAUUUUGAGAUUUUGUUUUAUUCGAAAAUGAACGAAGAAGAUGAUUUGUACGAAAGUUUGCCACCAUCGUCAACGAUCACCACGCACAUGUGCGCUGGUGCACUGGCCGGAGUUGGGGAACAUUGUGUCAUGUACCCAUUUGAUUGCGUGAAGACACGAAUGCAAAGCCUGGUACCAGAUCCAAGAGCCAACUAUCGGGGUGUUGCUGAUGCCCUUAUAACCAUAUUUCGACAUGAAGGUAUCGGAAACACGGUGCGAGGAAUUGGUGCUGUGGUGGGCGGGGCAGGACCAGCACAUGCUUUGUAUUUUGCCUGCUACGAACAUUUAAAAAAGAAAUUUAGUAGUGGUGAACAAGGAAACCAUAUUGCUCAUGGUGCAGCUGGUUGUGUAGCAACAGUAUUACAUGAUUUAUUCAUGAAUCCAGCUGAUGUGAUAAAGCAACGUAUGCAAAUGUAUGGUAGCCCGUAUCGGACUUGUAAAGAAUGUGGUAUAUCCAUACUAAAGACAGAAGGACCUAUUGCUUUUUAUAGGAGCUUCACUACACAACUUAGCAUGAACGUUCCUUUCCAAGCUGUUCAUUUUAUGACUUACGAGGUUACUCAAGACUUUCUUAACCCAACACGUCAGUAUGAUCCAUUGACGCAUGGGAUUUCUGGCGGGGUUGCAGGUGCAAGUGCUGCCAUUGUAACAAUGCCAUUAGACGUUUGUAAAACUUUACUCAACACACAAGAGCACUGUUCAAGAACUAACAGUAUAUCUUACGUGAACGGUAUGCGGGCAGCAUUCCAGACUGUUUAUGAAUUCCAAGGGAUUCGUGGAUACUUUCGAGGCAUCACUGCACGUGUUUUCUUCCAAAUGCCGGCAACAGCUAUCUCAUGGUCAAUUUACGAGUUUUUUAAAGCUUUUUUACAUAGAGAGGAAGAUGAUAGUUCGCGUUACCUCAAAGUGUCCUCUUUACAGGCGUCGUCAUCAAAGUAGAAAAUUAAGCACAUAAUAUCAAAGUCAUUCUGAAUAAUUCCAAAGGCAUUAAAGUGUUAUAUAGUGUUAUAUCUAUGAAGUUGCCAAUCAAAAAAGCUUUGUAGCAAAUACUGAAAUAUAAAAGAAAUGGCCAGGUAAUAAGAAAAUCACAUAUUUUGGAGAGAAGAAGGAUCAGUAAUUGUUUAGUCCUUGUUAAAAGCUAUGGAUAUUUUUUUCAAUGGUAAUAGAAAUAGCAGAUAUAAGUAUUAUCUUAAACUAAAGGAGAUGAUUUUAUUAAAGCAACACUUCAUAGUUGCCCUGAUAUUUUGUUUCGUAAAGUAUGACAUUAACCAAGUAAUUUAUCAUCUACUGUAGUAAGUUGAAAUUUUAGGGAAAUAGGUCUGUUAAUUGCUAAACAACAGGAACAAUUCCUGGGUAUCAAUAGGUUUGUUGAUCAUGCUCAGUUACAAUGCAAAUGUGAAGAAAAGAAAAAAGCAGCUACACCUCUAUUUUGUAUGUUUACCUGACACAUGUAAACUCUCAACACUGGGUAUUUCUAUUCAUUUUGUUUGGACACGCUAAAAUAGCAAUUCGAUCCUUUAUAUCAUUUUUACUCGUUUUAAACAAAAUAAAAUGCCUCGACAUAUUUCCAGCAAGCGCAUGAUUGCAUCUUUUACUAUGGAUUACUACUUUAUGGUAAUUUAUUUAAACUAUGAAGUGUUACUUUAAAUGAAUAUACUGAAAAAAAGAAUUUGAUGUUUAAACGGUUGUUUACAUAAAAAAAGGCAUAUACAAUGUGCACUGGAGCAAGUGAAAAUUUUCUUAAGUUGUUUGUCGGCCAGAAGACUGCUACAAGCAAUGCCAUAGAUCUGUGUCCUCCGUAUGCAUGAAUGUGUGAAAUCCGUGUCAGUAGAGGACUGCUGCAUGGUCUAUUUAUAGCUCAAAUGUUGUUUGUAAUGUCUGAAAGUGUGCUUGAAUGCUUUCAAGUUUUGAUAGUAAUGAAAAUGCAAAUUUCUGUGAUAAAUAUGCUUUGUUACGAAAGAGAAAUACAAGGCCGGUAUAUUGUUGUCAUUGCCUCCCGAAGUCCUUAUUUUAUCGUCCAGACAUGACUUGUUGUUAAUGGUGAUUCCUUUGAAACAUGAUUUUAAAAGGCGUUACAAGAUAGAGGGUGCAGAAUUCUGUUUGAGCAUCAUACGGGAAAAGGAAACAGAUACUUAAAAAUGGAUACCAAAUUGUUACGAAAAGGAUGUAAAAUAAGAGAAAAUUUAAAAAAUCUACAAAGUAUUAAGUGAAAUGAAAAAGUGUGCAUGUGUGUUUUAGCCCCUUGGAGCCAAGCUUAAGAGGAAAUUCAAGUGAAAAUGUGGAUAAAGUGUGAAAUGUGUUUGUGUUAAAGUUAUGUCCCUUGUUUUUUCCUGUGUUCAAGGUUUUAUUUGUGUAAAUCAUUUUACAUGGUUUACAAACUUGAUUUUUUAUUAUUGAAAUAUAUAUAUAUAUCUGCCGUUAUGUCAGAUAGAAGACUUCUACAUUGCGGUAACAUAUAAAUGUUGAAUUCAUAUUAUCGUUGAUCAUGUUUGUAAGCAGAUGUAGUGAUCAUAAAUGUGCCGCACCAUGAGAAAACCAACAUAAUGCGUUUGCGACCAGCUUGGAUCCAGACCAGCCUGCGCAUUCACACAGUCUGGUCAGGAUCUAUGCUGUUCACUUUCAAAGCCUAUUGCAAUUAGAGAAACCGUUAGCGAACAGCAUGGAUCCUGGAUGCGCAUGCUGGUCCGAAUCCAUGCUGGUCGCAAAAGCACUAUGUUGGUUUUCUCAUGGCACGGCUCAAAUCAUUAUCAGCUUGUUAUCAGUGCUGCUGUUUUUGAUUGGAUAGUAAUUUGUUUAACUGGAAAAUAUGUAUGAUUGUUUUUAUCAACUGAUCAAUAGCAAUAAGGAUUUUAAUGAUUGUGAAUGACAAAAAAAUUGCCUUCUGUUACAAUGAAUCUUAUUAUGGGUGGAAUGGUUGAAAAUUCGAUCGUGUGCAUGUUUUCAGUGUUUAACCUUCAGACUUGUAAUGUAAUGACCAUUCUUUUGAGAACUGAAAAGGGGUCUUUAUAUAUAGAUGAUCAUUUUGAAUAGGUUAAGACAUUCUGUAGUGUCAGAAAUAUGAAGCCAGUGGCCUUUUGUUCACAGAGGUCUUUAGCACAUAUUUUUGACUGUUUUUCUUUUAACAUAUAGCCUGUGGCGGCAAGUGAUUCUGCCUUUGCGACCCAUGCAGACCAGGAUCAGCCUGCACAUCGCUGCAGUCUAAUCUUGAUCUGCACUAUUCGCUAUUCAGUCAGUAAAUUUUCUGUGAACUUCAUUUCGAAUAACAAAUGGUACUGCCCAAAUUGGAUGAUAGACCAGUUCAUUUUAGAAAUUUAGCAGAGUAAAGGUUAGUGCCCCAAUGGGAGGCAUAUAGUAAGUGCUGUUUCCAUAAGUUUGUCUGUCUGUACAUAACCCUUCUAGAUAUAUAUUUCAGAUAGAACUUUAAAGUAAUUCAAGGGAUUUCAAUGGAACUUUACACAAGUAAAAACAUUUAUGAUAAAUGUGUAUAUGUGCCAAAGACCGGUCUGUACUUCCAAAGGUAUGGUCACAAGCAAGGGCAUUCAUGCUCCUGUCCAGAACAUUGUGUCUUAGCUGUUAACUUUUAUAAAGGGUUCAACAUGUUCAAGGGAUACAAAUAAAACUUGACUAAAAUGUUCAGUAAUGUGUAAAAGUGUCAAGGUUACAGGUUAGAGCACUAACAAUGACCCAGGGUCAGGUGUGAUAUUUAGGUGGCAUUUGUAUUAAGCAAACAUUUGUUACAUUAUGCACAAUUUCCAUCACUAAAUAAUGUUCCAUACUUGGCAGGCAGAAAUAGGGAAAUUUGUGCAGAAAUUCUGACACCAGGUAUUGAUUUUUGCUGCUGUUUGGCAGACUACACAUUUACACAAUUACUUCCAUGUGAACUUUAUACUUUUAUUGAUAGGAGAGGGUAAUCACUGCUCAGAAGAACAUAAUUUUAUGUUGUGCACAACAGGUCUUGAAAUCAUUACUUUAAAUCAAGAUUUACAUAACAAACGAAAGGGUGAAAAAGGGAGAUUUCAGUUAAAAAGUGUGUUUUUUUUUAUGAUAUAAUGAACAUUUCUCAUAAUGACACUGUAACACUUACAGUGAGAAUAAGAAAUAUCAAUAUUAACAUAUGGCAGUCAAGAUAAGGUUGGACAUGGUGCUAAAGCAGCAAGCUUUCGGAUUAAUGAAUUGAGGAUGUUUCCAGUCAAAAGGAAAUACUUAAGUAUUUAAUAUGAGUUCAUUUACCCAGUAGCUUACGUUCCCAAAUUCUUCAUUAUAUUACAUCUACUUGUCAAAUGACUAAUGUCAAUAAUUUUAGAUAACUGCAGUGAAGGUCAUUCAGUAUUUCCCAUGAUCUAGAACAUUAUUGUCAGUAUAAAGCACACACACAAAAAUCAAUUGCCUAUAUUUGCGUGGUACUUGCUGUGUUAGAUUCAAUGCUAUUUUUAGCAGGGGACAUUCUCACUGGCAUCGUGUGUGCAGCCUGACAGUUGGCAUAUUUUUGUUCAAAACAGUUUAAUUGUAAUUUAACUUUAUUCACUGGUUACUAUAUUUAUAUAUAUAUACACAACUUAGCUAAAUAAAAUACUGCGAGAGAUGUGUUCCUGAAAAACUUGACCCUUACCAUGCUGGACACGACUGAUUCUGCCUUUGCAACCAGUGUAGAUCAUGAUCAGCCUGCACAUCCAUGCAGUCUGAUUAUGAUCUGCACUGUUUACCAUUCAGUCAGUAUUUUUUUUGUUAAGCACCCUUUUUAACAGUUAAUGGUACUGUCCAGAUUGAACGAUGGACAGGUUCAUUAUAGAAAUGUUGCAGGGUAUGGGGUUGACUAUAUAAUUUGUCAAGAGUUGUGUCACAAGGGCCUUGCUACAGUCCAGAGAUGCAGGAUUUACAAUUGUUAUGAAACAAAUUUGUUACUCUCAGGGAGAUUAUGUGUAAGUUAAGUAACAUGUAGUUGAAAAAUCGCCAAAGUAUAAAUUGCUUUAAAAUAAACAUGAAAUGUAAUUACAUAGCAACUAAUUACAGGUACAUCUUUAAUUACCUCAGGUCUGAUUGUAUCUUACAAGGUCAAAUUACCACUAUUGUAAAACUACUGGUCUUGACUACCUGCUUCAACUUUAAGAACCACCACAACCUAGUGACCUACUUUUUCCUCUCACAUGAACUUCAUGCAAAUCAUUCUGAUAAUACUGGUACAUUAUAUAUAAUACUGCUGUUCUACAAGAUGACAGGUGGACAAUCUAGGCCCUCCCUGAAGUAUUAUUUUAAUGUGUUUUUACAACUUCAUCUGCAAAAAUAUUAAGUCAAUCUCUUUUCAGUAUAGUCUUAAAAACAUAGAUUGAUAAGUAUCUUAUACUGUAAAACAAAGUGUAGUCUAAACUCGCCUUAAAAGUAAUACAUCAAGUACUGUGCACACUACUACAUCAGUUCAAUAAUAUAUUUAGACAUUAAACACAUUGUCUUGGCAAUAUAUAUGUAUCUGUCAGUUUGUAACUAGAUACUUGUUAUUUCUCAAUUUUUUCAUGCAAAUUAUGUAUAAUUACCAUGAUGGAAAUUAUUUAUAAUUACCAUGAUGGAAAUACAAAAGAAUACAGUUAUUUUGUGGCGUGUCUUUAAACAUAGAGUGGAACUGAUGUAUCUUCUUCAAUGCAAUACUGUAUUUGUUUUAACUUCUGGGCAGAUAAGACCUGCAUGUAGUGAAAACACAAAGUGGAAGGCAAAUAAAUUAGGUUGAUAACUCGAGAUGUAGCCUGUUCUGAAAGGUCAUCAUGAUAUCUAACAAUUUGUAUGCAAAGACCUGUAAUAGGUGUAUUUUAAAUUCUAUUUUGGGGAAAAAAGUUGCCUUUCAUACUCCAUGACUGUAUUGUGGGUAACAAUUUCAGAACUCAAGUGUUUGCGUCAACAGUUGGAUUUUCUAUUUGUUUUUGGCUCUUUUGAAGCACGUAUAUAAAUAACAGAAUUUAUUUUUAGGUAAAAGAAAGGUUUAGAUGUCUAUGUAUGCCUGUGUAUGGGUAGGAAGUCCCUAUAUGUAAUUAGCAUCUGUUAAAAAAGACAUACUAAAAGUAUGAUUGUACAUUACUAAAUAUAGAUGUACACAGUUCGUAAAUGAAGUUCUUAAAUGUAGGUUUUACAAGUAUUUUGAAUACGAUUAUGUACCGGAUAUUUAAAUUUGGUUGAUAUUUCAGUGUUCUAAAAUUUAACACCACAAAUACAUAAUGUAAAUGUGUUGUAAAAUUAUGCAGCAUGUAUAUAACCUCAUCCUUAUAGUCAUUCUUUUUAGGAACAAAACACUUAAAGGUUCCAGUUCUAAUGCAUAUUAGAUGAAUUUUCAUUACUGUUUUAUAAAUUAAGUCAUGGGGAUAUUGAAUGACCCUUGCUUCGUACUGUGAAUUCAUGUAGUUGGCAUAAAAUCUCAUGUUUUUGUCGAAACAGGUUUUUUUGUGGGAACAUGAUUUCUUGAAUAUUUCUUUAUAGGCAUAACAUAAAAUGUAAUUUUAUUAACCUUAUCAUGCUUGACAUGAUUGAUUCUGCCUUUGCGACCAGUUUAUAUUAUGAUAAGCCUACACAUCUGUGCAGUCUGAUCAAGAUCUGCACUGUUCGCCAUUCAGUCAGUAUCUUUUUAGGAAGCACCCCUUUUAUCAGUUAAUGGUACUGCCCAAAUUGAAAGAUGGACAAGUUCAUUGUAGAAACUUAGCAGGGUAAGGAUCUUGAUUUUAUGUUGUGUUACAUAUUUGAACUACAUGAAAAUUAGUCUCCCACAAAUAAAGUAUUUAGUAAUUACUAAAUGGUGAUAAUAAUAAUUUAGCUAUUUGUUAAGCUAUCAACUUUGAUGUUUGAUUUUUGUGAGAACUGAUAAAAGUCAGUAAGGUCAGUUUACUCUAAUCCUGCCUGAAUAUUAUCUCUGUAAUGUUGUUAGGUAAUCAUCAUCAAAUCUCGACAUAACCUGCCUUGACUUGUGCGCACAUUUGUUUUUGUUAGCGAGUUUUGAUGGUGCAUUAUUCCUCUACUUGUCUGACACUUCAUUUGUAUCCCUUUACAUGACUGAAUUUCAAAAUAAAAAAGAAUAGUAUCAAUACAGCUGAACUGCAUUUUUGAUGAGGCUGUAUUCAGUGAUCAUAGUUAAAAGGUGUGGUUCAUAGUUUUUAUUUGAUUAUGGACAACAAAAGUUGAGUUUGAAGUAUAUGAAGAGGCCUUUGUUUUGAUGGGUUUAACGUCCCACUGACACAGUUGUAGGUCAUAUGGUGACUUUGCAACUUUUAUGAUGGAGGAAGACCCCAGGCUCCCUUUUGUGCAUUAUUUCAUCACGAGCGGGCACCUGGGUAGAACAACCGAUGGUCUGUAAGCCAGUUGGAUGGUUUCUUCACAUGAAGAAUUCAAUGCCACAAGUGAGGCUCAAACCCAGUGGUGAGGGGCAAGUGAUUUGAAGUCAGCGACCUUAACCCCUUGGCCGCUACUUACCCAUACACGUUAUAAGGGGCCUCCCUGGCUGUGUGGUUAUGGUUGCCAGCUUUGAAUAACUUGCCACUCACCACUGUUGAUUUGAAACCACAUUUGCUACACCACAUUUGGUGUGUAGAUCUCUUUCAUAUAAGUGAGCCAUCCAGGGUGCUUACGGAAGGUCUGUGAUUCUGCCAAGGUGCCUGUCUGUGAUGAAGUAAUGCCAGGAGGUGCACCUUGGGUUUCCCACCCCCAUCAAAAGCUGGAAAAUUGCCAUAUAACCUACAGUUGUAUGGAUGUGCUGUUAAACCCUACAAAAAAAAAACACACACACACAAAAAAACUCAGUAGGUUGCGUACCUUUGAACAAAUUAAAAAUUGAGCAUCUUCAUUUUUUAUAAACAGGAAAAGAAAUCUAUGAGAAACAUGUUAUCAGAUAAAAGGGCUUUACACUUAGCAUCAAUUCUUUUUACUUCUUGUGCCUAUGGAUUGUUUCUGUGUUUUGUUUGAAUUGUGUUAUUUUGUAAUAUUUGUAAAGAGAUUGAGAUUUCAUAUAUGUAUGUGCUUUAACCUACUGGCAGCAAGUGAUUCUGCCUUUGCGGCCAGUGCAGACCAAGAUCUGCAUCUGCAAGAUGGUCUGCACUGUUUGCUAUUCAGUCAGUAAAUUUUCAGUGAACACCCCUUCGAAUAAUAAAUGGUUUUGCCCAAAUUGAAUGAUGGACAAGUUCAUAAUAGAAAUUUAGCUGGCUAAGGGUUAAUGUCUAAAAUUUAGACUUUGACUUAAGAGAUAUUUAAAGUGCCAUAACUUUCCCAUUAAUUGGUUUGUAAUGAUGGAAUUUUUCUUAGCUAUUUAUCUUUGCAGAAAGCGCAUUCAUGCAAAGUUUCAUGACAAUUUGCACAAAAUUAAUAGUGAAGGAGUGAAAAUAAAAUUUUGCAUCGUAAAGGCUAAGUCUAAUUUUCAUUCUUAAAACUUUGAUGAAAAACUAAGUUUUUUAUUUAAUAAAUGUCUUUUUUAUCAGAUUUAGUUAUGAUGUACAGAUUUGUAGAGCCUUAUUGGCCAAGUGGUUACAGUUGCUGGGUUUGAACCAUUUACCUAGUUAAGUUUUACCCCACUUUGGAUCUAGAAUUCCAGAAGCACAAGCACUAACACAUGCUGUAUUGUGGAAGGUUGAUGGUUCAAAUCCAGGUACCCGCCGGUGCCUGAAAUAAUGCCUUGUUAGGCACCAUGGGUAUACUUACGUUAUCAAAGCUUGAAAGUCAGCAUUUGACCUAAGUUAUGUCAAUGGGACAAGAGUCUGUACAUUUAGAUGCACAUAAUGAAAUCUCAAGCUCUUUGUUUUUCUGAAACUUUACUACUUCCAGCUUUAAUUUGAAUGAUGGUGUAGGGAUUUCAUGAAUCAUUAUCAUUAGAAAAAACAUCAUUGAGGUAAAAUUGUUGCGAACAUUGUCAGUGGAAAUAAUUUGUUUAGUUUACAGAAUUAAUAAUACAUUUUGUUUAAACCUCUUUUAAAAAAACCCAGGAAAAAUGGUAUCAUUUGUUCACAUUUUUAUUUCAGUAUUUGAAUAGGCAUAGGUCCUUUUGGAAAAUUCCAUAAGAGAUUAAGAAUGUUGGUUAUAUUGAUCAAAGAGUCACAGUGGCCUAGUGGUUAAGGUUGCCGUCUUCAAAUCACUUCACCCUCUUGAGUGCUGUGGGUUUGAAACCUAGUCUGCAAUUCUUGCACAUCAGUAAAACAUCCAGCUAGCUUUCUUAAAGGACCAGUGUUUCUAACCCUGUGCCAGUCUGCACAGCUCCAUGUGAUUCUGGGACAGUUUGUGUAUGAAAAGAAUUGGAACCACUGUCUGGCCCUUGUAUAAUCGUAAGAGGCGACUUACAGGGUCUUAACGCUUUGUUUUGCUGUGUCUCUUUGAUUCCAGCAGGCAUGAAAGUUCUGGUUCCAUACCUCAUGUUUUUAUUUUGAUGUAAAUGAGAUAUGAACCAAAAUUUUUAGUCCUGCUUGGUGCCAUAUUACCUGUUCUUUGUUGGUGCACCAUAAAACCCAAAGCAACAAAUCAACUAAAAACCAAAAAAGCUGGAAAGUCACCAUGAUUGUUAUCUAAACAAAACAAACAAUAUAUUUUUGUUUUAGGUAAAGUUUAAAAUCUAUGCUCCUUGAAGUGUAAGUUCUUCACUCCAAAGGUAUGUUUGGAUAAAAAACAAAUCUCAAGACAGAUUUUAAAUCAAAAUUACAGAGUGUUUUUGUUUGUUGGGGGGAAAAAGUAAACCUAGUCUACUCUUUACAAACCAAAGUGUCACUGCCUUGUCAUCAAAAGGGAUAAAAUGAGCCGCACCAUGAGAAAACCAACAUAGUGUGUUUGCAUCUGCGCAGUCUGGUCAGGACCCAUGCUGUUCGCUAACCGUUUCUCUUAAUUGCAAUAGGCUUUGAAAGCGAACAGCAUUGAUCCUGACCAGACUGCGUGGAUGCGCAGGCUGGUCUGGAUCCAUGCUGGUCGCAAAUGCACUAUGUUUGUUUUAUCACGGCACGGCUCAAAUAUAGCAUUAUCUCAAAAUAGAACACAUACUAAAAUACUGUACAUAGCAAAUAACAAUUUAUGUAGCUGUUAAACAUCUGUUAGACCAUGAUAUUGUGUUUUAACCUGAUAAAGAUUUUGUAUGAAAGUUAUAUAUAGCUUUUCAGUUAUAUUUAUAGGUUAUUUGAUUUGUUAAAAAAAAACAUGCGCAAGUUCUGCAGCAGAAAUAUUACUUGACAUUAGGAGCGCAAUAUUAUUCCUUGAAAGAACAAGUGCAUAUUUCUUGAUGCAAACCUAAUAAUCUUAAUAUUACAUACAAAUGCUGUAAUUUUGAUUAUCAUAAAUUUGUUCUUUAGCUUGAGGAAAAUGGAAACUAUUGUUGUUAAAGAACUUUUUAACGCAAAGACAUUCAUGAAACGGAUGUUAAAAAUAACGUCAUGCACCCAGUAUGAAAAUAAUUGAGUGUGUAAUAAAUAAGUACUGUUUAUUGGGCUAUUUACCUGUCCUUUUCAUUUUGUGAUUUUACAGACAGCAGACAUAUUCAUGAUGUUAAGAGUUUGAGUUUCAUAGUUACCUGUAUUUACACUUUUAGAGAUUAUUACUGCCUAAUAUUUAACCUUUAGCCUGCAGGCAGCAAGUGAUUCUGCCUUUGCGACCAGUGCAGACCAAGGUCAGCCUGCACAUCCAUGCAGUCUGAUCAUGGUCUGAACUGUUCGCUAUUCAGUCAGUAAAUUUUCAGUAAACACCCCUUCGAAUAAUAAAUGGUGUUGCCAAAAUUGAAUGAUGGACCAGUCCAUUAUAGAAAUUUAGCAGGGUAAGGGUUAAUUGUCUUUUGAAUUUGUCUGAUGCUGUGUUUUGAAAUACCGGUAUUAGCAGAAAUAAACGGUCACUGAUAUUAUCGAAUCUACAGUAGCUAUAUAUACACUAAAUUAGAGUUCUUUAUUUUAUGAAUAUUUAAAUGUACAUGUUACUCUUUAUAUGCCUUGAAUAAUCAGGAAACUUAUGAAAAGAUAUCUGUUUUGCAAGUUGGUAUAUUGGAUGGAAAUUUUGCAGCUUUUUUUCUGAUACACUCAUUUGCCAUUUUACUAGGUAUAAAAACACAGUUGUCAAAUUGAUGCAUUCGUUUUUCUGUGGUGUCUCAUUUAUUUCCUAUGAAUCAUCAUGUAAUAGAUUAGUUUUGUUACAGUUUACAAACACAUUACUAAAAAUCUAAGGAAUGCAUACCUAGUUCAAACAUCUCCAGGCUUAUUGUGGACUCUUUCAUUUGCAUUUUUCUGUUUUGUCUGUCUGUUUUCAGGAAUGUCUCCCUCUUACAUUCGCAGCAGUUUACUUUGUAAGUAUGAAAAGGAGGUGUCAGAAUACAUUUCUUUUAUAUUACAGAGUGACUAAGAUCUGCUUCCUAUGGUUUCAUAAGUCAAGCUAAGAAUUUUUAACACCAGUCUGGUUUCAGAUUUUUAUUUUUUGUUGGAAAAAAAAAAUAAGAGAAAAUCUGUAGGUUUUCUGGAUCUGACUCAUAAGCCAGUCAUUCACAGUUAUUUCCAGUUUCUUAAACCCUGGAGAAGAUGUAGGUUAAACUGGAACAAUGUUAAGUCAGAUAAAUAACUUGUUUGUUGCUGUAGAACCAAUGUAAAACCCAUGCUAAUACACAAAACCAGUAUAUGAGCCGUGUCAUGAGAAACCAACAUAAUGGGUUUGCUACCAGCAUGGAUCCAGACCAGCCUGCGCAUCCGUGCAGUCUGGUCAGGAUCCAUACUGUUCGCUUUCAAAGCCUAUUACUAUUGAAGAAACUGUUAGCGAGCAGCAUGAAGCCUGACCAGACUGCACGGAUGCGCAGGCUGGUCUGGAUCCAUGCUGGUCGCUUUCAAAGCCUAUUACUGUUGAAGAAACUGUUAGCAAACAGCAUGGAUCCUGACCAGACUGCGCAGAUGCGCAGGCUGGUCUGGAUCCAUGCUGGUCGCAAAACCACUAUGUUGGUUUUCCCAGGGCACGGCUCAUAUGUAUUUGUAAGUCAUAUGAUCGACAUCUGUGUUAAGAAUGGCAAAAGAUACCAUAGACUUUCCCUGAUUAAUGGCCCUCAGCCCUGUCAAAAAACAGAAGUACAAAAAAAUGUACUUAUUUUUUAUUAGGUCAUAAAUGAAUACCAGCUCUAUGGAAGUGCUAUAUAUGUUAAAUUUUAUUUAUUAGAAGUUGGAUCUAUAGUCUGCAUUUAGGCCUAAAAAAAAAAAUUCUUUGUUUCCGGUAACAUGCUCAAAAAAAUUAGGGUAGGUAGGUCGGAAAUUUUUUUUUUUUUUGAAUUUUUUUUUAUUAAGGGAGACUCUUCGGAAAUUAUUUUUUUGUCAAAAAAUGAAUACAAAUAGGGGUGUUAUGCCUUUAGAGCAUCAGGAAGUUGAUUUCUAACAUCACUGACCAUGUUUUAAGCAUAAAAAGUGCAGUUUGGCAACUUUUUGUCAAAAAGUUGAAAAAAUUAUUCUCCAAGGCCAUAAAAACAUUUAGGGUCGGGCCAAAUAUUUAGGGUAGGUCGGGAUACCGGAAACAAACAAUUUUUUUUUACGCCUUACUGAAAAAAUGUAAGAACAAACCUCUGAAGAACAAAAAAAAAAAAAUAUAUAAAAAUUUUAGUGGCCUUUAUGAACCCCCAUUUACAAAAUUUGAUUCCCCCAGGGACAUUAAUAAAGGAAUAUACUGUAUAAAUGUUUAUGAUCAUUUUCUUCAGAUUCUUAGUGUUUAAAAUCAACUAUAAGCCAAAGUCUCCUUUCUAUGAAAUUCCUAUUUCUUUGAUUGUCUCUUGUAGCCUGGAUUAGAUGAUUAUGUUUAUUUUAAGGCGUGUAUUCAUCAACAUUCAAAAUGGGGCAUUGAAGCUGAAGAAUUUGCCUAAGUAUGAAGAAGUCUGUUUGUAUUUGGCAGCAGCUGAAAAUUUUAUGAGUGUUAAAUUGGUGAGAAGUGUAGGCAUUUUAUUUUACACAGUGAAGGGAAAUUUGAUGUAACCCAGUUAAAGAUUUCUUUUACAGGAUAAAAAUUGUUGAUGAACACAGGCCUUAGAAUUGCAUUGAAUUUAUUAAGAUUAUCUAAUAGAUUUAGAUUUUAGAACUACUAAUGAUUUAGGAUAAAAUGUCAUUUGAGCAGACUGAUAGAAAUACAUAAAUACCAGUCUACUCAACUGACGAGUUGUCCUGAAAGAUCAGUAGAUUGAAAUUAUUGCAUGUGUAUUAUUGUUUUGAAUGAAUCAUUUAUUGUUACCUACAAAUGUCAGAAGAAGACUUCUACAUAAUAAACAGAUAAAAUCAUUA